AUGGACAGCGUCCUGAACCAGAAGGGCGUGUUGGUGCAUGGAAAGCUCACUGACACUGGCAAGAGGAACGGAUUGAUCAACACCAGAAACUUCAUGGCCGAGGGCAGAGAUGGCCUUGUGUCUGUCUACCCAGCACCCCAGUAUCAGAGCCGCCAGGGGGUGGCCGGUGUGGCAUCGGCCAGCCUGGAUGGCAACAGGAAUGAGCCAUCUCAGCAGCUGCUGAACCCCAACACCUUACAGCAGUCAGUGGAGUCCCACUACCACCCCAAUAUCAUCCUCUACUCUGAGGGAGUGCUGCGCUCCUGGGGAGACGGUGUGGCCGCUGACUGCUGUGAGACCACCUUCAUUGAGGACCGGUCACCCACCAAAGACAGCCUGGAUUACCCUGACACCAAGUUCAUCAACCUUUCGGCUGAUGACAUCAAGAUCCACACCUUGUCCUAUGAAGUGGAGGAGGAGGAGGAGUUCCAGGAGCUGGAGAGCGACUACUCGAGUGACACCGAGAGCGAGGACAACUUCCUCAUGAUGCCCCCUCGGGACCACCUGGGGCUCAGCGUCUUCUCCAUGCUCUGCUGCUUUUGGCCCUUGGGCAUCGCUGCCUUCUACCUGUCGCAUGAGACCAACAAAGCCAUGGCCAAGGGCGACUUCCACCAGGCCAGCACCAGUUCUCGGCGAGCCCUGUUCCUAGCUGUGCUGUCCAUCACCAUCGGCACGGGCAUCUACGUGGGCGUGGCCGUCGCCCUCAUUGCCUACCUCUCCAAGAGCAACCACCUGUGA